UUCCACGACCAAGCUGUAGAGAAAUUUGCAGCGUCCACGCAUCAUCGGUCAGGAAACUACCGCGCGCGUGGUGAAGUUCUCGACACGGCCAGGGCCCGGCGGCCACGUUUCCACGGCCUCAUCGGGGGCCGCUACGACGUGGCAGUCCGGCCGCCCCCACCGUGCCGGGCGGUUGUCCACCCCUGGACAGGACACCGGGCCCCGCCGCUGCCGUAUCGUAGGCGACAGCCCCAGAUGUCACCCGUGUCCUUCUUCCCGUCCCACUGCUCCACACCCUCGCCGGCGCCAACUCGCCAAGCUCGCGUCCCACUAUAAAUACCUCACAAUCCCAAGCCAUUCCGACCCAAGCACACAGCAGCAGCAGAAAACAUUUCGUGUCCCUCCCCAAGCCCCCACACAUCCUACACAGCUGCUAGCUAGCGUUCGCGGUUAGUGUUUGGAUCGAGUCAAUGGCAGUGAUGACCGACGUGUCGACCACCGGCGCGGCGCUCCGGAGCCCGGCCUCGCCACCGGCGGUGGCGGUGAAGGAACUCGACGCCGAGAAGCUCCGGUUCAUCGAAGAGAUGACCUCCAACGUGGACGCCGUGCAGGAGCGCGUGCUAGCGGAGAUCCUCGGCCGCAACGCCGAGACCGAGUACCUCGCCAAAUGCGGCCUCGCCGGCGCCACAGACCGCUCCACCUUCCGUGCUAGGGUGCCGAUGGCGACGUACGAAGACCUGCAGCCGUACAUCCGGCGCAUUGCCGACGGCGACCGUUCACCCAUCCUGUCGGGGCACCCCGUCUCCGAGUUCCUCACCAGCUCCGGCACGUCGGCCGGCGAGCGCAAGCUGAUGCCCACCAUCGAGGACGAGCUCGACCGCCGCCAGCUGCUGUACAGUCUUCAGAUGCCAGUCAUGAACCUGUAUGUGUCCGGGCUUGACAAGGGGAAGGCUCUCCAUUUCCUCUUCGUGAAAUCAGAGACGAGGACUCCGGGCGGCCUGCCGGCACGGCCCGUCCUCACGAGCUACUACAAGAGCGAUCACUUCAAGAACCGCCCGUUCGACGCUUACAAUAACUACACGAGCCCGACGGCGACCAUCCUCUGCGCGGACGCGUUCCAGAGCAUGUACGCGCAGAUGGUGUGCGGCCUGUGCCAGCGCCUCGACGUGCUCCGCGUUGGCGCCGUGUUCGCCUCCGGCCUCCUGCGCGCCAUCCGCUUCUUACAAAUCAACUGGGAGCAGCUCGCCGCCGACAUCGAGGCCGGCGUGCUCACCGCGCGAGUCACCGACCUCUCGGUGCGCGAGGCGGUCGCCGGCAUCCUCCGCCCUGACCCCGAGCUCGCCGAGCUCAUCCGCGCCGAGUGCUCCAAGGGCGACUGGACCGGCAUCAUCACGCGCAUUUGGCCGAACACCAAGUACCUCGACGUCAUCGUCACCGGCGCGAUGGCACAGUACAUCCCGACCCUUAAGUACUACAGCGGCGGCCUGCCGAUGGCCUGCACAAUGUACGCGUCCUCGGAGUGCUACUUCGGCCUGAACCUCCGCCCGAUGUGCGACCCGUCGGAGGUGUCCUACACCAUCAUGCCCAACAUGGGCUACUUCGAGUUCCUCCCCGUGGACGCCGCGGCGUCCGGCGGCGACGCGAGCCAGCUGGUGGACCUCGCCAGCGUGGAGGCCGGGCGCGAGUACGAGCUGGUGAUCACCACCUACGCCGGGCUGAACCGGUACCGCGUGGGCGACGUCCUCCGCGUGACGGGGUUCCACAACGCCGCACCGGAGUUCCGGUUCGUGCGCCGCAAGAACGUGCUCCUGUCCAUCGAGUCCGACAAGACCGACGAGGCCGAGCUGCAGCGCGCCGUGGAGCGCGCUUCUGCGCUGCUCCGCCCGCACGGCGCGGCCGUGGUGGAGUACACCAGCCAGGCGUACACGAAGAGCAUCCCGGGGCACUACGUCAUCUACUGGGAGCUCCUGACACAGGGGCCCGUCGCCGGUGGCGUCGCGGUGGACAAGGACACGCUCGACAGUUGCUGCCUCGAGAUGGAGGAGGCACUGAACACGGUGUACCGGCAGAGCCGCGUCGCGGACGGCUCGAUCGGUCCGCUGGAGAUCCGGGUCGUGCGGCCCGGCACCUUCGAGGAGCUGAUGGACUACGCCAUCUCCCGCGGCGCGUCCAUUAACCAGUACAAGGUGCCCCGGUGCGUGACGUUCCCGCCCAUCAUCGAGCUGCUCGACUCGCGCGUCGUGUCCAGCCACUUCAGCCCUGCUCUGCCGCACUGGAUGCCUGGUCAGCGGUCGGACUAGAACGGAGAAGAAUGGUCGGCUUAGACUGUCGGAUACCGCUGCAUCCUGGACCAUGCCUGCGGAGUUAGAGUGUGCGUGCGCCUAAAUAUUUGUUAAUUUUGUAACUUGAUGCUUGGUGCCAGUUAGUGGCAUGAGGGUAAAUUUGAUGCUGUGAGUCAUGAGAGUGGAGAGCUGAAGGAACAGUCGAUGUACUGAAUGACAGUAUGAGGUUACUGGUAGUAAUAGUGUUUGUCCGUUUGAGGUAUGUGAUAAUUUAGCGUUUCUGAGGAACUGUACGAGCUCUGCACAAUAUCUUGUUCCAAACUUCCAAUUGCUAGAAGUGGUCGCUAGCUAGACAAUUCUGCCGCUUUGGAGACCACAGGCGAACGGCCCUUUCCUGGUUCUUCGGCCUCUAGACAUUCCAUUUCAGGCGAACCGAUCUCGGGCUUCAUGAGAGUAAAAAGGGAAAUGAUUUGCGUACAACCAUUUGGGUUUAA